CCUUAAAGCCAAAACAUUGAGUUCAACUCACGUUCGAUUUGCACCCGGAAACAACGCAGACGCGCUCGGUCAUCGGAACUGCGGUGACGUCACGGGGAGCUGUCGUCACUUAGGCAGAGUUCCCGUCGGAUCCGUGUAAUGUGGGUGGAAAUUCCCGGCGGAACCGCUUCAAUAAAAGCGCCAAUGGAAGCUGUAGCCCACUCGUUCUUCGUCGUCGUCUUAAUCUUGGUCUUGGUCGUCGGAAUCGCUCGAGACCCCAAACCGCCGUGAGCGACAUGCACGCGCACGCAGUUUUCACGCUUCUGUGCUGUAUCCUGUUCCCACGGGUGACCCGUCCGGCACCCACUGCUGGCCCCUCACCAGCCUUGCGAGACGCACUAGAACGCGGCAGCAUGCUGGCGGACAAAAUCUCCAAAGACGUCCCCACCGCGCUCGCCCAGGCUUCGACGCUUGACUUCCUGCCGCUGACCGGCGACCUGCAGAUGAUGGCCACCGCCCUCCACAUCCCUCCCGCGCCCGUUCUCAAGCCUCUCUCGGCAAACUUCAACGUGGACACAUGCACGAGUCGCAUGGCAGCAGGCGUGCGGAUGUUCCAGGGUCUUCUCAGAGUUUUAUCAGAGCGCCUUGGCGAUCUGGACAGCCUUCAGGCCGACCUGCGAGACUUGCUGGCUCACAUUGAUAAGGCCCGUGAGGUGGCCGGGCCCGGCGGCGGCAAGGCCAGCCUGGAUGAGGACCCGGAUCAAUGGGCGGGGCUUGCGGCGCGUCUCCAAGGUGACUACGAGGUGCAGGCGGCCGCUCACCUGACACUCACGCAGCUUAGAUCCUUCAUGCACGAUGUCAUCCGAAGCCUCCGAGCCAUCGCCGCCCACAGGACGCCGGCACGCUAAAACGCGCCACUCGGCACCAGUCAGCCCCAGUGAGGAAUUUGAAGUGUCAAGACACGCUCCAAGCCCGCACCGUGUUCCGCACGCUCGCCUUACUUGACGCAAGGCACUUAUUUAUUUAUCUAUUGCUGUACUUUUCAUAUUUAUGACUCGAUCGUUUCUAUUUAUUUGUCAUCAUUUUAUUUAUAUUUAUUUGUAUGGAGCCCGGGCGGCCCGGUAGUCCAGUGGUUAGCACGUCGGCUUCACAGUGCAGAGGUACCGGGUUCGAUUCCAGCUCCGGCCUCCCUGUGUGGAGUUUGCAUGUUCUCCCCGGGCCUGCGUGGGUUUUCUCCGGGUGCUCCGGUUUCCUCCCACAUUCCAAAAACAUGCGUGGCAGGCUGAUUGAACACUCUAAAUUGUCCCUAGGUGUGAGUGUGAGCGUGGAUGGUUGUCCGUCUCUGUGUGCCCUGUGAUUGGCAGGCAACCGAUUCAGGGUGUCCCCCGCCUACUGCCCGAAGUCGGCUGGGAUAGGCUCCAGCACCCCCCGCGACCCUAGUGAGGAUCAAGCGGUACGGAAG